AUGGUAAAGGCACGGCAGAUUCGUCUCUGUUCAAACUCUGCGUUGGCUAAACCUCCACACCACCACCACAGGAAGGAGAAGCAGUGGUGUUACAUAGCGGUGUCUCCGGUCAAGCGUGGUGCAGCGGUGGUUCAAGCCGGUGAUGGGGUGGUGGUCGUGCGGUUGAGAUGCGAGCGUCAUGGUCGGCGGAUACUGAAGAAGAAUGUAGUUUAG